GUAGAACUUGCUGAUACAGUGAGGAGGAGUCCGUUCAGCGUCGAAGACGUUGAAACGAAGAUUACCAAAAAUAAUGACAAAAAGAUCAGUAAACCCGCACAAGCAGUGACAGCUGUGAUUGAGGAAACGAAGGUAGAAUUUGCUGAUACAGUGACUCGGAGUCCGUUCAGUGUCGAAGACAUUGAAACGAAGAUUACUAAAAAUAAUGACAAAAAGAUCAGUAAACCCGCUGUGAUUGAGGAAACGAAGGUAGAGCUUGCUGAUACAGAGACUUGGAGUCCGUUCAGCGUCAAAGACGUUGAAACGAAGAUUACUAAGAAUAAUGACAAAGAGAUCAGUAAAACCGCACAAGCAGUGACAGCUGUGAUUGAGGAAACGAAGGUAGAACUUGCUGAUACAGUGAGGAGGAGUCCGUUCAGCGUCGAAGACGUUGAAACGAAGAUUACCAAAAAUAAUGACAAAAAGAUCAGUAAACCCGCACAAGCAGUGACAGCUGUGAUUGAGGAAACGAAGGUAGAACUUGCUGAUACGGGGAGGAGUCCGUUCAGCGUCGAAGACGUUGAAACGAAGAUUACCAAAAAUAAUGACAAAAAUAUCAGUAAAACCGCUGUGACUGAGGAAGUGAAUGUAGAGCUUGAAUUAAAAACUGAUACGGCGACUCAGAGUCCGUUCAGCGAGACAAUAACUGCAUCUCAGGAUUUGACUGAAAAUGAAUUUGUUGACGAUUUUACCAUUAUUGAUAGCAAAGAAGAGCUUAGCAAUAAGGUUGAAAGUGGGUUUGACGAUCAGUUUGAACUACUAAUGCAGUCGGUCACGCUUGACAGUCAAGAAAAGAUAGAUGUCGUUAGACCUGUAGAGACCGUUAGCAGGAUCGUUGAAGAUCAAGAGCAGGAGGAUGUGCUCAAAAGUGAAUUUCUUUCUCAGUUGCAUGCGGCAAUACAAACGAGGCCAGUUGAUGUGAUUGGUGAAGUUGAAGAACGUGAGGUAAAGGAAGUAAGAAAUAAUAAACGUGAGGAAUUACUCGAGAAAAAGGUUAAUGUGAUUGACGCAAAAGAGGAAGCAACGAUACCAGUCGAUGUGAUUGGUGAAGUUGAAGAACGUGAGGUAAAGGAAGUAAGAAAUAAUAAACGUGAGGAAUUACUCGAGAAAAAGGUUUAUGUGACGGAAACAAAAGUGAAAACAAAAGAGGAAGAAGCGAUACGAACGAUACCAGUCAAUGUGAUUGGUGAAAUUGAAGAACGUGACUUAAAAGAAGUAAGAAAUAAUAAACGUGAGGAAUUACUCGAGAAAAAGGUUUAUGGGACGGAAGCAAAAGUGGAAGCAAAAGGGGAAGCAAUGAUACCAGUCGAUGUGAUUGAUGAAGUUGAAGAACGUAAGGUAAAGGAAGUAAGAAAUAAUAAACGUGAGGAAUUACUCGAGAAAGAUAUUUAUGUGAUGGAAGCAAAAGAGGAAGCAAUGAUACGAACGAGUACAGUUGACGUGACGUAUGAGGCAGAGGAUGGAAAUGUAUCAAAAGUAGCAGAGGUAAAACAAGAGGAUGAAGCACACCAUAAUAAAGAAUUACAUGAGAAUAAGGAAGUGCUGGAAACGAAUUCAAGAGAAGAUGGGGUGGCUAUAAUAACCCAGACAGCAAGAGUUGAAGUGGCUGGUGAGAGAGAAUAUUUUGGAGAUAAUUCAGUAAUAGCAAAGAAUCAUGAUAAAGACAAAGAAUACGAAGGACUGGAUGGAAAGAGGAAAGUAGAGAAAACGGAAGAGCAUUCAACCCAUCAAGGGGAUUCUAUCCUGAAGUGGUCUGACAAUUGGAAUACAAGAGCAGUCGUGAAUAUUGAAGCGCAAGAGUUUCAAUCGAAAGACAAGACUGUCGAUCAAGGAAGGUCUACAGAGGAAAUGCACAAUUCGGCAGCAAUAACAGAGAAUUCCAGUAAAACCGAAGAAUGUGAGGAACAUACCGUCUUGAAUCUCGAAGCACAUGUGUUUCAAUCGAAAGACGAGAACGUCGAAGCGAACGAGAAAAUGCAUAUAGAUUAUAGCAAAGAUGAAGAGAUGAUGGAAGAAGAAGACGAAAAGGAAGACGAAAAGGAAGACGAAAAGGAAGACGAAGAACAGGAAGAACAAGAAGAAACCCCGAUGACAGAUCAUGAUGACGAUCUGGCCAUCCGAUUGUUUCAAAGAAGGCCACAGACUUUACUUGAUCCAACAUCAUUUACUCCGGCGUCUAUGGCGGCAGACGUUUUUCAAUCGAUGUUUAACCCUGGAUUCAACAACAAUGUGAUUCGAUUCAUUAACAUUAUAUUCCUGAUACAGUUUGCCGUCUUUGCAUUUAUGGCUAUUAUAUCCCAGCAUCCAACCGUAUAUUUGUUGAUAAUGCUGUCAUUUAUGUUGUUUAUUACGUUGCAUGUAUUCGUUGCAGUAGUAGCAAAAAUGCAAGCAGAAGAAGCUACCGUGAAGAUGAAAGAGGAAUGA